AAGAGGCGGGAGCUUGGCUGCCGUGGAGCCCUAAGACAGAGCCCGAGCCGCGCCGCACCACCAAGCUUCUGCCCCCCCAGUGGAAAGCGGCGGUGGAGGAGAGAGGCCGGGCCCAGUCGGUCCCCCCCACCCCACGCACCCCGGACUCCCCCGCCCCCCAUCUCCAGCAGUCCGGCCGCCCCCUUGUUUUUUGCGCUUGCCGCGGCCCUGAUUAGCGUGUGCCUGGGAACAUCCGGCAGACCCCGUGCGCAGGCCUAUGUCCCAGAGACUGUGACACUCAUCCCGCCAGGAUGCGCCGCUGACUAGGGACAGCUGUCCGUGCAGGUGGGGCUGUCUCUCCCUCUGCAUGGGGUGAGUGCAGGCGGAGACGCCUCGUCCCCGAGACCAGCAGCGCAGCUUGCCGCCGGGGGCUGGAAAUGCCCAGAAAAGGCACUUGAGGCCGGCAGUGGCGAUUAGGGGUCAGCCAGUGUAACCUGGUAUAACGCCCUUGACUCCAGAGCCGCAGCGGGCUCGGAGCGUUCUGCUGGACCCGGCUGGGGACUCCACCCAGACCGCACUACCUGGCGACGCAGCCAGCGGCUGCCGAUUGGCUGCCACGCCCUGUCGAACCCCCUUCUCACCACCCCUCCCGCGCGGCCGCCCUGUGGCGCUCGGACGCCGAUUGGUUCGGAACGCUGUGGUCGUCAUAUAGGCAGAGAUCAGCCUAGCGCUUGCGGGUGGGGUUAGCUGCCCCUCCCGGGUUAGGAGGCGGGGCGGGAGAGGCGCGGCGCUGGGGCAGCUGCUGUCGCUGCGGCAGAGCGGCUGGCGCGCCUGUUACCUGUGACCGCUCACCCAGCGGCUGAGGCGGGAUGCUGAGCCUGCUGGAGGUCGGCGGGUUCGUGCUGGAGCGGGUGGCCACGGGCAGCCCCCUCUCGCUGGUGCUGGUUGCCUCCGCCUUCGUGCUGAGCCUGGGCUACCUGCUGCGUCUGGGUUCCCGGCGCCGGCCGCAGCCCGGCGAAGGGAAACACCCACCUUAUAUUUCGUCUAAUAUCCCUUUUCUUGGACAUGCAGUAGCAUUUGGAAAAAGUCCUAUUGAAUUUUUAGAAAAUGCCUAUGAAAAGUAUGGGCCUGUGUUUAGCUUCACUAUGGUGGGCAAGACAUUUACCUACCUACUGGGUAGCGAUGCUGCUGCUCUAAUAUUCAACAGUAAAAAUGAAGACCUGAAUGCAGAGGAUGUAUACUCUCGACUGACCACACCAGUCUUUGGCAAGGGAGUUGCUUAUGAUGUACCUAACCCGGUGUUUUUGGAACAAAAGAAAAUGCUAAAAACUGGGCUGAAUAUAGCUCAGUUUAAACAACACGUACCAGUAAUUGAAAAAGAAACAAAGGAGUACUUCAAAUCCUGGGGAGACAGUGGAGAAAGAAACUUGUUUGAAGCUCUUUCAGAGCUCAUUAUUUUGACAGCAAGUCAUUGUUUACAUGGGAAGGAGAUCAGAAGCCUACUCAAUGAGAAGGUGGCACAACUGUAUGCUGAUCUGGAUGGGGGAUUUACUCAUGCAGCUUGGCUUCUGCCAGGUUGGCUUCCUUUGCCUAGCUUCAGACGUAGAGACAGAGCACAUAGAGAAAUAAAGAAUAUUUUCUAUAAAGUAAUCCAGAAACGCCGGCAAUCUGGUGACAGGGAGGAUGACAUGCUCCAAACAUUGCUGGAUGUUACCUAUAAGGAUGGCCGUCUGCUGACAGACGAUGAGAUUGCAGGAAUGCUUAUUGGGUUGUUGUUAGCAGGCCAGCAUACCUCUUCUACCACCAGUGCUUGGCUUGGCUUCUUUUUAGCUAGAGACAAAUCAAUACAGGAACAAUGCUAUGCAGAACAGAAAACAGUUUGUGGAGAAGACUUGAAGCCCCUAAAUUAUGACCAGCUGAAGGAGCUGAACAUGCUGGACCGCUGUCUGAAAGAAACUUUAAGGCUUAGACCUCCUAUAAUGACCAUGAUGAGAAUGGCCAAAACUCCCCAGACUGUUGCUGGCUAUACUAUUCCUCCUGGCCAUCAGGUUUGUGUAUCUCCCACAGUUAAUCACAGACUUAAGGAUUCUUGGAUAGAAAGUUUAGAAUUCAAACCUGACCGUUACCUCCAAGAUAACCCUGCCGCUGGAGAGAAGUUUGCAUAUAUGCCAUUUGGUGCUGGCCGUCAUCGUUGCAUCGGAGAAAACUUUGCUUAUGUUCAGAUUAAGACUAUUUGGUCUACUCUGCUUCGUUUAUAUGAAUUUGAUCUCAUCAAUGGAUAUUUUCCUACUGUAAACUAUACAACUAUGAUUCACACACCUGAUAACCCAGUUAUCAGAUACAAAAAGCGAUCACACUAAGUUUUGGAGACAAAAUUAUUUCUCUAUUUAAAUUGACAAUUAAAUGGUUAAUAGAAAAGCUGGUCCAUUGGAUGUGUAGUGUUACAAAAGUGAGGUUAAUUGAACC